AUGACGAAGGAUAGGUUAGCGGCGCUCCAAGCGGCGCAAAGCGACGAUGACGAUGUCGGGCCCGACGACGUCAACGUCGCCGUCGAAGGAGGCUUUAUGGACGAAUUCUUCAGUGAGGUUGAAGAGAUACGAGAGAUGAUAGAUAAGAUUCAGGCGAACGUGGAAGAAGUGAAGAAGAAGCACAGUGCCAUCCUAUCAGCACCGCAAUCAGAUGAAAAAACAAAGCAUGAACUGGAAGAUCUCAUGGCCGACGUUAAGAAAACUGCCAACAAAGUCAGAGGAAAGUUAAAACACAUAGAGCAGAACAUCGAGCAGGAGGAGCACUCGAAUAAAUCGUCAGCGGAUUUGAGGAUAAGAAAGACACAGCACUCGACGCUGUCACGCAAGUUCGUGGAGGUGAUGACGGAGUACAACCGCACGCAGACCGACUACCGAGAUCGCUGCAAGAGCAGGAUACAGCGGCAGCUGGAGAUCACCGGCCGCGCCACCACCGACGACGAGCUCGAGGAGAUGCUGGAGCAGGGCAACUCGGCAGUGUUCACACAGGGGAUUAUAAUGGAGACCCAGCAGGCGAAGCAGACGCUGGCCGACAUCGAGGCGCGGCACGCCGACAUCAUCAAGCUGGAGACUUCCAUCCGCGAGCUCCACGACAUGUUCAUGGACAUGGCGAUGCUAGUCGAGAGCCAGGGCGAGCUCAUAGAUCGCAUCGAGUACCAUGUCACGCAAGCCACCGACUACGUCGACUACGGCCGCGUCGAGAUACGCAAGGCCGGCGAGUACGCCGCUAAGGCGCGGAAGGUAAUGCUACACAUACAAACUAAACCUCGGCUCAGCCGCAGCCUGUUACUAAACUGCGAAACCCUACAACGUUUCUACUACUGUACGGAUCUUGGGGGUGAGGCGCUACCUAACAGAGACUUCUCAAACAACAUUGGGCCACAUCUGUAA